AUGAAAAGCAAGACGAGUUUUAUUCCACAAGAAGGAGAGGCACAUCCUUCCCGAUGUCCGGAUAACAGUGCAUUCAAACAACAGAAGCUACCAGCUUGGAAGCCCCAGCUUACCAUUGCGACUGUGCUCUCCAGCUUCUUUCUCAUAGGCACCUUCUGCCUUUCUGUGGGAGUCUGCCUCAUACUGUCCGCAAACAGCGUCAGAGAAAUCCAGAUUGAUUAUUCAGAUAAAUGCUCAGAUUGUUCAAAACUCCGUGAAAAUUCCUCUAAUUGGAAUAAGGAAUGCCACUGUUUUGUUAAUUUCACGCUAAAGGAAGAUAUAUUGGGUGACGUUUUUAUGUACUACGGCCUGCAAAACUUCUAUCAGAACCACCGUCGAUAUGUGAUAUCAAGAAGUGAUGCACAAUUGUUGGGUCGAAAUGUAAAUAUUCAGAAGAGUUACUGCACACCCUUCAUCACCUACCAAAAUGGGACGCCCAUGGCUCCAUGUGGUGCUAUUGCCAACAGCAUGUUCAAUGAUACUAUUCAUCUUUUGUACAAUCUUAACUCAUCUGUUAUUCAAGUACCACUGCUGAAGACUGGAAACAGUUGGUGGACAGAUAAAAAUGUGAAAUUUCGCAAUCCAAAAUCAUGCAAUCUCUCUUCUGCGUUUGCAGGGACAGCAAGACCUCCUUACUGGCAGAAACCAGUAUAUUUGUUAGACGAGGAAGAUGAAAGGAACAAUGGUUAUGUAAACGAUGACUUCAUUAUCUGGAUGCGAGUGUCGGCCUUUGCUACAUUCAGAAAUCUUUACCGUCGUGUCAGACGGAUAAGGCAGUUUGCAGGUGGUCUCCCAGCAGGGAACUAUACUUUUCAUAUUUCCUAUAAUUUUCCUGUUACCAAAUUCAAGGGGAGGAAGCACGUGAUUCUUUCAACUGUGGUAUGGAGCGGAGGAAGUAACCCAUUCCUGGGAAUUGCCUAUGUGGUUUCUGGCACAGCAGCAACCCUGACAGGUUUUGUCAUAACUGCCAUCCACUUAAAGCUCAGAAAAAAGAAAACAUACUUUCAGAAGUAAUAAGUUUCCCUGGCUUUCUGAACAAAGGCAAAGGUGUGCUGUGAACAAAGAACAUACAGCGCAGACCUUUCAUUCUUUCUCCUCAGCUUUGGAUCUGUUUCAGUAAUAGGUUUGGUGAACAUAAGCAAAUUGACGGACAGUGCUAUUCCAUCAUCCAAACCCAAACUUACCUGAGGCUGCAUUCUUAUUAAUGUCUGUGUGCUCCUAAAUUUGUUUCCUAGGAAACUUGUAAUGAGAUGAGCUUCAAACAA